CUUCCCUUUCUGUUGCUUGGCCUGAACAACAACUGAACCUCUUAAUCAGGUUUGCAUGCUUUUAUGCAUUGAGUUGCUGCCAUGUGAUUGGCUGAUCAGAUAUUUGCAUGAACCAAGCAGGUAUACAGCUGCACCUAAUAAAGUCAUCAAUGAGUGCACAUGCUAAUAUUGGAUCUGUGCCCUUGAUAUCAAAUACUGCACACAGAGAUCACAGUUACCAUUAUCAAUGUGACAGUAAAGUGGCAGAAAAGGCUGCUAUGGAGGUGAUGGAAAAUGCAAGGAAGCAGGCCAUGGAGUUACUCUUUGGGUCUGGGUCUCACAUGUUGAAAUGGCUUGAUUGUUAUCCACACUGUGAAUAGCCACAUAGUCUUUGCCAGAUGCAUAAGAUCAGAAAUACUCUAAGUAGUCAUCAGAUCAGGCAGUAUCUACAGGAACUGAAAUAGAAUUUAAGCUUUAGGUUGAAAACCUUUAGUCAGAGCUAGGAAAAUCAGAAGACAAUGCUGGAGAAACUUUGCAGGUCAGGCAACAUCUGUGGAGAGAAAACUAGUCAGUAGUUUCAAAUUGCAGAUAGAGUGAGAGGGGACUGGCACAGGAAUAAUCUAUUAAUAAUGUUAUUUGGUUGAUAGGUUCAUGAAUGAAAGAGGACAUGAACAAAGGUGUAUAAAAGCUGUAAAAUGAGAGCAGUUAGAGAUCAUAAAUAACAGAAUGGAAAAGUCAUGACAUGCAGAGAAGCAGGAAAUCCCCAGCAGAUGAGGCCAGGCUAAUUAAGAGGGAAAUCACAAUAUCUGGCCAUUCAGAUAUAUAAAAAAGAAACCAAGGGAAACUGGAGAAUUUGAUGUUGAGUCCGGAAGGGUGCAACAUGCCUCAACGGAAAAUUGAAUGUUGUCGCUCUAGCUUAUGUUGGACCUUAGUAAAAUUGUGCGGGUCAGACAGAAAGUAAACAAAAAAAAAACGAAUUGAAAGGGAUAGAAAUAAGAGUAAAUGAAAAAAAAGCAUGAGGGAAGCAAUAAUUUUCUAAAUGAUGAAAUCUUGAGCUUAAUUAUUCUUUGGUUAAGAAGGAACCACAGUUGGAAAACUAAAUCCCACAGAAGAGAGGGCAAACUAAUGAAGAAAUAAAUGGGAUGCCAGCAUAGGGAAAGAAACCAUGUUCUCACAGGUCAUGGUUCGGGGAAAUAACAGUACAAGUCGAUGCAUCCUCUGAUAAAAGGAAUCACCUAGUAAAACGAAUGUAGCGGGCACUUUUGUUAUUAGUAAUUUUGUCAUUCAGGGUAAAUUUAACUGAUUGAGACCCUGUAGCCGCCUGUUACUCCUCCAGCCAGGAGAGCCGCUGCAGCGAGCACUGGGUGACGUACGUGACGUUCAGCGCCUGCGAGUGGCGGUAACGCGCCUCCUGCUCGUUCCCUCCUCACUAUGUUAUCGAGUGGUAAAGAUGGCGGAUUUCCUGCCGUCCCGCUCCCUCCUCGCUGUUUGUUUUCCGAGUUGCGUCCUCACCCAACGAGAGGCCGAACAGCUUCGCAAAAGCAAGCAGAUAGACGAGCUCAUCUCCAGGGAUAAGACUUACGUGCGGCGGCUAGUGAAAAUCCUGCUGCUCGGGGCCGGCGAGAGUGGCAAAAGCACUUUCCUUAAGCAGAUGCGAAUUAUUCAUGGCCAGGAUUUUGAUCAGAAGGCCAAGGAGGAGUUCAGGGGAACCAUCUACAGCAACAUCCUAAAGGGCAUUCGUGUCCUGGUGGACGCCAGGGAAAAGCUCCGCAUCCCCUGGGGAGACCCCAGCAAUCAGCAAAACGGCGAGUUCCUGAUGAGUUUCGACACCAGGGCGUUGACCGGGGCCGCUGCAGGCCUCGUGGAGACGCGGGUUUUCCUUAAGUACUUGCCGGCCAUAAGAUCUCUCUGGGUAGAUAGUGGCAUCCAGAACGCUUACGACAGGCGCAGAGAGUUCCAGCUGGGAGAAUCUGUGAAAUAUUUUCUGGACAAUUUGGAAAGACUAGCAGAUGCAGAAUAUCUUCCAACGCAACAGGACAUUCUACUGGCUCGGAGGCCGACUAAAGGAAUACAUGAAUACGACUUUGAAAUUAAAAAUGUGCCCUUCAAGAUGGUGGAUGUAGGUGGACAAAGGUCAGAACGGAGGCGUUGGUUUGAAUGCUUUGAUGGUGUGACUUCCAUACUCUUCCUGGUGUCAUCAAGUGAAUUUGACCAAGUGCUCAUGGAAGACCGGCAGACAAACCGCCUGAGUGAAUCGUUAAACAUCUUCGAGACAAUAGUCAACAACAGAGUCUUUAGCAAUGUCUCCAUCAUUCUUUUCCUUAAUAAGACAGACUUGCUGGAAGAGAAGGUCAAAACUGUCAGCAUCAGAGACUAUUUUCCUCAAUAUGAGGGAAAUCCCCAUGAUCUCACUGAUGUCCAACAGUUCCUUGUGCAGUGCUUUCGUGACAAACGUCGAGACCAGCAACACAAACCACUAUACCAUCAUUUCACCACCGCCAUUAACACCGAAAAUAUUCGUCUGGUCUUCCGUGACGUCAAAGACACUAUUCUCCAUGACAACCUUAAGCAGCUGAUGCUUCAGUGACAUCUGUUUACUUCAUUAAUUUUAAUUUUUGGCAUUGACAAUAGCUUACACCGGAGUAUGAUUACGGUUGCAUUUCUUUCAAAAACUUGAGGCAGCCGCUGUUAACUGCUUGACCAGAUUAAUGCCGAAUUUGUUUUUCAGACUUCAGCUUUUCAAUUGCUUUUGCUCCCAGUUGGGUAGUGCUAAGGUACUCAAAUGUGCACUUAAGCAACCCAGCAAGUUUACGAUCUUAUUUCUUCAACAAUGAAGAUGUGUGAAAAAAAGUUGCCGAUAAUGCAAAGCUGUGGUGUUCAUUGUGGGGAUGUUAAUGUUAAUAUCUAUUCUCUUCCUCUUUCAACCCCCUAAUAGCUUCCACCCCCCCCAAAAUAAGGGCUAUUACAGAGCAAAAAAUGUUUUUGAAUAUUCCAGAAACAAGUUAGCAAUGCCUUAACAAUUCCCUUUGGGAGUGAUUAUUGCUUUUGUCAUAUUCAAAUUGCUUUCAAAACCUUCUGAGAAAGUUUUAAAUUUGUAUUAUUGAGGUGUGGUAGUAAAAGUGUGAAACGUAUUGAAAUGUGAAGCAGUUGUAAUUUGCGCAAGUUUGGAUUUAUUAAGGGAAACUUCUCCCCAUUGGAAGUAUCACAAGAAAGAAUUCACUUAAUGUUUGCAGUCUAGCUGCAUAGUAUUAUCGGAAUAGAAAUACAUGCCAAAUUUAGUGGAAUUGCUUCAAAAUUGUAUUGAAGUUGAGGUCAAAUUUAAUUUACUAUUUUGAAUAGUGCAGGUACAAAUGCCAUACUGACUAAUCCUAACCUGAUGUAGUAAGCCAAAAUUUUCGUUACUGUUUGGUGCUUCAGUAAAAUUGGCUGCUUUAUGAAAGUUCACGACCUAAACUUCUGUGAUUAACAGCUAUAUGUUUACCCUGUGGAUCAUACCUCAGUAAAAAUGCCAUUAGAUGUCUAUUUAGCAAUGAGAGCUUUUCUAUUAUUGAACCAGAGGUCUUCAAUGCAAAUUGUAGCUAACAUGUUUGGUAUUAAGGUAUGUGAUAAUGCUGUGCUUGAAAUAACCCCACUGUUUAUUUAAAAUAGUAAUGACAUAAUUUGUGAUAUAAUCUAUGACUAAUGAUGCCUUGUUUUUGAAAGAUACGGGAAAAUUAACCUUCAGUUUUUAAGACUGCAGCAUACAAAAAUACUACUAUUGCAGUGCUAAUCAUGGAUAAAUAUUAACUUUUUAAACGGUUUAACUUUAAAAUUGGUUUUAAAUAUGACCUAAUUAAUAACAGGGUUUAGAAUUCACUCAUGUAUCUGCAAGCCCAUUUCAGCUGGGUAGUCAUUACUAACAACAAACUUGCUAAAACAAAUAAUAUACAAUUUACAGUGAAAAUGUAUUUUUGAUAGUUUUGUUAUAAAUUUGGGUUGUUAGAGCUACAUUUAAUAUUUUGAAACUAAGUGAUAACUGAAGAUUACAAGAAAACCAUUCUGUUUCAUUAUGGGUUUUCUGAACUGCAGCAUAUAUCAAAAUAUAUUGCCUUUAUCUAUUUUGAUAGUUGUUAAAACAAUUACCUCAAUGUUUGGGUUGUCAGAAAGAAGUAAAUUCAAACCCUAAUGUACCCUUGUCAUGAUUGCUGAAUAACAGGAGUGCCACAUUUUGCUUACUAUCUUCUAUUUGAAUAGUUCUAUAAAUCUACACAUUAAAACAAUUUUAAGUUGUCUUUCAUAUUGGUUUCUUAAAAACUGCAUUGCAAAUCUUUGCAGCUGCUUUCUUUCAGUAGUUUUGGUCAAAGAUGAAUGGUCAACUUGGGCAAUAAAUCUGUAGUUUGUCAAAUAAAUUUUAAGACUUGCUGAAUCUGCGUUCUUAAAAUGGAAAGUCAGAAUUUGGAAUAAAAAUAAAAUGCUGAGAAUGUUUGGCAGAUCAAGGAGCAUUUGUGGAGAGAGAAACAAUAGGUUGAUUUAAAAAUAGAAAUUGCCAGAAAAAUCCAACAGAUUAGGUAGCAUGUGGCGAAAGAGAAAUUUGUUCAAAAACCUUCCUUGACUUGGUGCAUUGAGUCUCUUAUUCUCUCUGCAGAUGUUGCCUGACCUGAUUAUUUCCAUUUUCCAGCAUCUGCUAUUUUAGCUUAGAUUAAGAUUGAGUGUUUGAAAAUGAUUUGAAAAGUUAACACAACUUCUUUCUCUAUAGAUGCAGCCAGGCUGUUGAACAUUCACUGUAAGUUUUGUUCUUGGUUUCAGAACGAGGGGCCAUUUGGCUGCCAAUUAUAUGAGGAGAGUAAAAGAAAAAGCUUGUGGCAUAUUUGGUGGGCAAUAUAUCUUGAAGGACCCCUCUAAUGUCUUCCUGAAAAAGACAUUCUUUGUAACACUGAUUUCUUUUAACAAAGUGAACAGACAAUUCAUUACUGAUUUGUUGGUUUAUUGUCAUUACUUCCAAGCUUUAUCAAGUGGGGAGAAAAGUAAUUCAGAACGUAUUUACAUAUUUUCAUAAAAAGCAAUAUAUUAACACCCUAGGAAAUUUACUGAAUACAGGCAGUAUCUUUGAAUGUAGCUUUUAAGAAAAUGGUUUUGGCAAGAAUGAGGUCUUGAAGGAAAUCUUGGUUAGAUCUGUCUACGUUAGUAUGUUACAGUGUAGUCUACGGAAUGUAUUAAAAUGUACUGUGAAGUAUUAGGCUGUUAUGACUGGAGUAACAAUACUACCAUCUGUAUAUGAUUAUCAAACUAUAUUCUUCCAAAAAUACUGUGCCCCAUAUGUAGUAAUUUUAUGCUGACAUUGUAAAGACUCAAUUUUCAUUUGAGUUACUAUAGAUAUAUGGGAAGGACUGGAAACAAUUACUCAUCUGACUGAACUUCAGAUGUCAUAAAAUAACCAUGUAUUCGAAUCGGGCACAUUUACCAUUUGUCCCAGAGACAAAUUGCAAACAACUCUUAAGUGGAACAGGUAAUAAAUGUGACUAUUCUGAGUAGUUUUUUUCUGCAUAAGAAGUGAAAGAAAUGUACUGAUAUACCUUGCCUUUUAAAGGCUUCUGAUGGAACAGGGCCCUUUGAAAUAAACAUUAGUUUUUUUUCCCUCUAAAUAACCAUGAAAGUACACAGCCUGAGGCUAUUACUGCUAUUCUACUCCCAUUGUGUGUUGUAAAUUCAUACUAAUUUAAGUUUAGAUUUGCAUAAAAUAUCCAAAUAUUAUUAUAACUUUUUGUCCAUCAUUCAUUAGCUUGGAGUGCUGUAUUGAUUUGUAUCAUUUAUUGAAAUAGCCAAUUAGAGAGGCUAAUACUACAGUAAUGACCAUAGCAACUAAAUCCUUAUUAAUUCAACAACUGGAGGCUUAGUUCUCUUCAAUAAAUGAAAAAUUAUCUGUUCAUUCUUUGUGGCAGUCAAGAUCAGAUUCUUAUGGAUGUUCAUUUUCAUCUGGUCUGUUACCAUUGUUAACAAUCCCCCUCAGCAUACUUAAAAUUAGUGCUAUUGAAUAUUUAUGAUGAAUUACACCGCACUGCCUAUAUCACAUCUCCCCCUCCUUUCCACAUUCUACAAGAAUGUAGAAAGAUUCAAGUGCCUUCAGUUGAAGACCGCAAAAUUUUCAGCCCUUCAUCUGCCUUGGGACAAAUAUUGCAUUUUUCUUGAGGCCAAAAUGAAAGUAUUGACUACCCAACUGUUGUAUGUAUUGAUUAGGAAUAUGACGACUGUACCCCUUGUUGCUUUCUGCUCUGGGGAAGCCACAUAAUUUAGUUUUUCUCCCCCAUGAGUGUUGUUAAUUUGUCUAAUUCAAAGUUGUAGCAUAAAUUUAAGAUCAUCAAGCAAAACUUUUUAUCAAUUUUGUUUUCUAUUUUUUUAUACAAGGUUAGCAUUUUCUAUAGUGAAGGCAUUGAUCUCGUCCUUCAUUUUAAUACUCUGGAAAAUCUGGUUGAGUUUUGUUUAAUCACACUUUAUUUGAAAAUAAGAGAGCUUAUUAAAACUCUUAUGAAUUCCUUAAUAAUGUGUAUCUCACUUGCCAAUAACUCCUAAAGGCUGUUUCUGAACUUGUAUCACUUCUUGCACUAGCCCAGUUAAUUAUUUAUUUGAUUUGUUCUUCCAUUCAGUUCAGAGCUGUAUUUUUUAAACAUUACACCCAGGUACUCUUAGUCAAUAAAUGAGGCGCUUUUAUUUAAUAGUUUUGCAGAAUUUAGGUCUUAAUCAGAUGACAACAUAUUUAACCAUUUCCAUGUAGAUGAGAUUCAUUGUCAUAUGUAAUUCAAAGCACAUUUUGUUUGGGGAGAUAUUUGUCUUCAUUGCAUUCUGUUGCCUUUGCAUGCGAUGAUUAUUGAAUGCACUUUCCAAUAAACUUGAAGUUGAAAAGGUUAAAAUUUAAUUUUAUAGUCUUAAUAUACCAGAAAAUUCACAAGUCUUAAAUGUUAAAACUAAUGGUGAUUCUUAUUUUCAGAAGAGAAAUCCAAAGUAUUUUGAGUUAAACUAAAUUUGCUUUUCAGAAAUGUUUGAGAUUGUGCAUGUUAACUGUAUAUACACAAAUGGAUGUCUAACAAGCUAAUAAAACAUCUAUAGAAACAAAACCAGUGAACUUCUGUGUAGGCUGCUGUCGGUUAUGCUAACAAUGGAUGGAAUGAAAAAAAAAUUUAUAUUACAAGUGUGAUAAAAGCUAAGAGUCUAUGGCUAGCAGUUAUAGUAAUUUGAUUAUUUCAUAAGGAAGCUUUGAAGUCACUGUCAUUUUUCAAGAGGUGGAUAAUAACAUUACUGGAAUAUACAGAGGUAACUUUUCUGAAAGGCUUAAUAAUAGAAUAAAAUUUGUCCAGUGUGUUUUAUGAUUAGUCAAAAGUUUAUUGAGUUCAUGAGAACAAACUGACAAAAUCACAAUCCACAAAUGCAAAUGGCUUUUAACACUUUCAGUCAGAACCAUUAAACAGAACAGGCAUGCUCAUAAUUUAAACUGUCUCAAAAUUAAUUCAAAACCUUCUAUCCACCACAACCUUGUGCAUAUAUCAAGUAUAAAAGAGUAACAGCACAGAAUUGUGCGACUAUCUAUUUUGUUUGAAAGUUGGAAAAAUAGUAUCUUCUGAAAUGAAAUUGUGGUCGCCAAGUGUUAUCAGUUUGAAAAUCCAAGAUGGUGGCACACUAGAAUACACCAUGAGAUAUUUUCCAAAGUCGAUUUCAGUCGUGAUGCUCCUGAAACAGAGUAUUGUGAAAUACCUUGUUACCUGUUCAUCUGCAAAUACUAAAGUGUUUUAUCCAAUUUUCUUUGUUUUCUGGGGCACUAACUUUGGAGGUACUAUUUCAUGGGUGCAAACAAUAGUUCUCUGGUACCAUAUUUGAUUCAACGUGCAAAUGAAGUACUGUUGAACACUUCCACUGUGAUACCAUCAUAGAUCAGAUUUCAUUCUCAGGGCUGCAGUUCUAGGGUUCUGAUCUAUUUGCUUUGAAGUUUGUUUUAAGUCUUGUGAAUGCUCUAUCCUUAAAUAACAUUCUCAAAUUUAUCUUGCACUGAAAUUGGCAAGAAGGGUGAAUUUAAAUCAAAACCUGAGAUAAAUUAAAGCUCUUAUUGAAUUACUUCCUCUUUUUCACCUCUGCAAUUGUCAUUUUUGGCUCAAGGGUUUUAUGAUUGAUCGGUAUGUUUUCAAAACGUUAGAAGCCUUGCUAUCUUUACAUAGCAGCCAGCAUUUUUCUGUUGAUUUGGAUAGAAUAUACGAUCAAAGUUGACCAUAACCCUGGUGUAAUUCCUAUUGGUAUUUAGUGUGCAUUUUCCAGUAAAGACAAAGGUUGUUUGGUCAUCUCCAACCCACCUCCAUAUCCUUUCUGAGUUAAAGGACGUCAGCAAAAACUGGAAAUAACCUCAUGAUCUUAGAUUUGGUUCUACACUGAGUCCCUUUUUCAAGACAUCCAUUCUUAUUUAAAUGUGAGGUGGUGUGGAUACCUUGUUAUGUAAGAAGUUUAAUUAAGGCAUUUUCAUGAUUCCUUUAUUUUCUGUUGGCUGAACAAUUGAAGUUUCUGAAUUUCUACUAUUGGAGAAAGGUUAUUGGCAAAGAGAUGCCUUAAGUUAAUCCCAAUCCCUUAAAAGAAAUUGUAUUGCUUCUUUGUAAUGCCAUAAGCAUUACAAAGGUUUUGAAUUCUAAAUGAUUAAUAACUGUAAUUUUUUGGACUAAAAUGUUCGAAAAAUGCUUUACACAUUGACAUAGGAACAAUUGAAAUUAACAAAGUUAUUUAAAUCCAUUAAAAUAAUUUAAUUUCUCUCUAACUGAUCUUUUGCAGCUGGCAAUUUGUCCAUUAAAGAUACCAGUGUAUUAUGCACUUCAUGUCUCUUUCCACCAUUAAUACCGUAUAGAUUAUUUAAUAUUUGAGACGAUUAUUUUAACAAAGUACAUGGUGUCAUAGAUCAAGUGAUUACAUGCAUUUUACAAGUUAAAUUAAUGUUUUCUUUCACCGGUGAUAUGUUAGGUGGUGAGAUGCUGCUCUAAGAAUUUGUGCUUGUUAUAUUUUUGUGUGCCUAUGCAGUUAUGUUGCCUCUUUUCAGAAAAUAUUCAGAAAUAUGCACAUUUUCAGCAUUUGUACAGCAUUUUCCAGUAGCCUUGACAUUCUUAUAUGACCCUUGAUAAUUUCAGUGGCAUUACUUCAAUUGGAAAUAUUUUAAGCAAAAAAAUCAAAUUUAUAAGCAAAUCUGCUCUCAGCGUGGGGAUGAGUUCAACCAUCAUGCAUUUUAAAAUGAACAAAAACUGGUUAAACAAAGCUUUAGCUAAAAGUAUUUUAACUUUUCAUUUAACUAGUAUACUAUAUUGUAUAGGAACGUUUUUUGUGGUUUUAUCUUCAUGGAUAUGUGGAGGGUGAAUGUGGAUUGAAUCUUUAACAUUUUAUUUCCACUUUUUGUUGUAUAUUUUUCAUUCAAAAAUGCCAGUAAAUUAUUCAGAUUGAAAAGCUGAGAGUAACUGCUUGUUUUGAUUUAAUGCAUUAGUUAAAUAGUUAAUGCUGUUUCCAUUAUACCUCUGCUGUUAUAUUGGUCUGUACAUACAAUGCAGAAGUUUGCCUUUACAGCCAUUAAAGCCUAAAAUAAAUUUACUGACGUGUAUUAAACAUGUACAAUUUUUGUUGGAUCUGUCAUGAC